GUGUUUCCAAUCGAGCAUAAUAUACCGGACGGAGCUGUAGAAGUUAGCAGCGGGUACCGUCGAGACUAGUUUAUGGAGACUGGUUUUGGUUCUGAAUGAACCAGUCAGUUGGUUCGGGUUAGUGACCCGGUUCAACAGGUUCGGAUGGAGCCGGAGCACAGGGCUGUGCUCCGGAAGUUCCGGGUGCAGCUUUCCGACCAGUUGCUGAUCAGCGACACCAUCGUUCCGUUCCUGUACCAGGAGGGAGUUCUGACGGAGGCCCAGGUGGAGCAGGUGGAGGGUCAGCUGACCAACCGGCAAAAGAACCUGAAGCUGCUGGACCUCCUGCCGAACCGCGGCCCGCGGGCCUUCUGUGCCUUCCUGGAGGCUCUGCGGGACUUCGGCUGGAUCCGGGACCGGCUGCUGCUGGAGCUGCAGAACUCAGCCGGAACCGGGCCGCCAGGGCCGAACUUAGCCGAAAACGGGCUUUCAGGCGGCGCUGCGGUUACGGCCCGUUACCAUGGCGACGGCUCCCGGAUUCCGGACUCGGUUCUGCAGAGGGUUCCUUCGGACCGGGAGCUGUCCCGGUUGGCGCAGAGACUCGGUGCCGAGUGGGAGCCGGUUCUGUUGGACCUGGGCUUGUCCGCCGAAGCAGUGUACCGGUGCCGGUCCGACCACAGCCUGAACACCGGGGCGGCGGUUCUGAACGGCCUAGUUCUGUGGAGGCGGGCUGGCGGGAGGCGGGCCACGGUGGGACGGCUGCUGCGCAGCCUGGAGGCCGCGGACCUCCACCCGUCUGUCCUGGAGGAGGCCGUGCUGGCAUGAGACUGGACCGGGUUCUGCUGGCCCAGACCAGGCCGGUCCAUAACUAAGAGAUGAACACUUUGUCCAUGAACUGACUGAAUAAUGAAACCAAAGUCAGAACUUUUUGAUUCUGGAACCAGGAAAAGAACCGGUUCCGUUUUAUCUGGAAUCCAAAAGCAGACAAAAAAGAAGACACUUAAAGUUUAAUAUCAAUAAAAAAUUAUUUUUAUCCUCAAAA